GGGGGAAGCUCACAUGUGCCGCAGCUGUCAAACCGUCUCGUGCUGGGGGCGCCAUCAACAGUUGGCGGCGUAGAUCUACAGCCAUUGACAAGAGGCGCCUGAUUUCGCUGCUGUACAUUGUACGUUGGCCUUUAGGGCGCCCCUCUGGCUUCGCCGUCUGAGAAAGAGGGCUAAGGAGCCAGAUUCAGCCCGUUUCGGCUGGUUGCCGCCCCUAAGGCCUCUUAAAGCCGGAACCUCCCACUCGCAGGAGACGCCUAUAACGAAGCCGGCUAGCUGGGCCUCAAACACUACUGCGUGGGCAAGGCUACUUCGAGCUCCAGCUUUGUUUACAGUAUCUGCAAUAAUAACGAGGGCGCAGUGAGUUGCUGAUGCACAGUACAACAACCUGGAAUCCAGGAGAGAAGCUCUGAGAGCCGCCGGUAAAGUGGUAUGGUGACUUCUCAGCACAUCUUUGUUCCUGGGCUGCCAUCUACUCCCAGCUACUCCGGGAGGCUCCAGAUGGCCAAAAGUAUGAACAGCGACCUCUGUCUGCCACGGAACCAAACCGUAGGCCAAGUGCAAACCAGCAAACGAAGGGCCUCCGGAUUGGAAGCACCGGUGUUGAGUCACACUGUUUACGCGUCAGGUCCCACGACUGCUCAGAACCAUACGAUGGUACCUAGGUAGAAAAGAAUGGGCGCUGUCAUCUUCCACGAAACCAGGCAUGCAGCAACUCGCAGCGGGCUGCGCGUCCGGCCAAACAGCCGGGGAACAAGAGCGGUGGCUCAACCAUCCCACAAAACAGUGGCAGCGUGCAAAGUUAGAUAGAGGCUAUGUAUUCCUCAUAGGAUUUCGACAGGUUUCCAGUUUCAGAAUUCCAAUGGUGCUCCGGCUAUUUUGCGCCAGGCUGAGCAAUGUACAGUCUGUUCAUCUAUCCGUGGUCCACUGCAGUCUGGACUUAGCGGGUGUCGCGUGCCUUAUUCUUCCGGCUAUGGCAUAUUAUUAGGCCAUUCGGACAAUGCGAACGGACCGAUCAGGGUCAGCAGCAAGGCGACGAGGACGAAGGAUGACAGUAGCGCUAGCAGUCUUCUAUAUCUGUCCAAACCUUCCAGAAGAGCAACAAACUGUGCUCAGCCUGAUAUCGUAGUGACGAGGGCAAGAUCAUCUUUUUCUUUGUGACAUUUUCUGGGCCGCGGCAUACGUCCAAACGGUUGUUCUCAUUUUCGUGGUGUUCCAUCGAAUCCCGCGCCCAAGAUCUGGGCUGGUCCUCAUUUUCUGCGCCAUUCCCCGCACGUCUAUUUUCAAUCACCAUCGGGAGAAACCGCGUCACGAGCCCGGACGCCGGAUCGUCCUUGAUAGCAUUUUCGGACUGGAAGGCGACGACGACGAAGACUGUAUAACAAACUAUUAUUACCUUGUACCUAGUACCGAGUACCUAUCUACAUACUCUGGUCACUCAUAUACAUACCUAGACAGAGUGCCCCUGUCCUAAGGUUACAGCAUUGGAUGCAUCCGAUCCAUCAGUCAGUCCACCGUUGCCGCCGUCAUGAAUUGUCCUUCACGACCAGACAAUGUCGAGGGUCAUCUCGACUGGAACCAGAAUCCACACGCCUUGAGCUCAGAUUUGACGACGAGGGCCGACCUUAAUGGGAUCGUCAACCUACGCGAACAACGACAGAAUGAAUCAGAUCUCCGCGACGGCGACGAAUAUGAGUCAAUACGAAACAUCCCGGUCAACGAACCGGAGCCUGGUUUGGAGGCCAAAGACGCCUCCGCUGUCAAGGUUGAUCCGAUCAUGAAUACGGGAACGAGCGAUCACUGCUCUCCCGCUGACCAUACGGCCUUUCAACAACCCGCCGCUUCGCGCGGUUUGAAGCGAUACAAGUCUCCGUCAGCGAUCAUGAACAAAGUCCUCGUCACGCUACAGAAGUAUGCACGCUUCGUGGGCCCAGGAUUCCUCGUUGCCGUUGCCUACAUCGAUCCGGGAAACUAUGCCACCGACGUCCAAGCCGGGGCUGAGACCCGUUAUCGUCAUCUGUUCAUCAUCCUGAUGUCCAACCUGUUUGCUAUAUUCCUACAGUCCCUAUGUAUCAAACUGGGGAGUGUCACGGGAUUGAACCUGGCAGAAAACUGUCGCAAGCAUUUGCCCAGAUGGCUGACCAUCAUCUUGUAUCUCUUUGCGGAAGCAGCCAUUAUCGCCACUGAUAUAGCCGAAGUCAUUGGCUCGGCCAUUGCGCUGAACCUCCUCUUGCACAUCCCCCUCGUCGCGGGCUGUGCCAUCACCCUGGUGGACGUCUUAUUGCUUCUACUCCUAUACCGGACGGAUGGCUCCAUGACACGAAUCCGCCUGUUUGAAUACUUUGUCAUGGGCCUGGUGCUUGGAGUCAUGGUGUGCUUCUGUGUUCAGUUGUCUUUCAUCAAAGAUACCUCUGCCGGCGAGGUUUUCAAAGGCUACCUUCCAUCCUCCGCCAUUGUCGAGGACAAUGGAAUCUAUCUGUCCUGCGGUAUCAUCGGCGCCACGGUCAUGCCUCAUUCCAUCUUCCUGGGUUCGGGAGUGGUGCAGCCACGUUUGAAGCAUUUCGAUGAACAGAACGGCCACGUCAAUCUUACCGACGAACCCGGCACCGAGGAGAAGUAUGUGCCGUCCAUCUACGCAAUUCGGGAGUGUCUCAAGUACUCGAUUGUGGAGCUUGCUCUAUCUCUUUUCUCGUUUGCCCUUUUCGUCAACUCAGCCAUCCUCAUUGUAUCUGGCUCGGCUUUAUAUCCACAGACAGAAGCCACAGAAGCCGAUCUGUUCGGCAUCCAUGAUUUACUCAGUAAGAACCUCUCCAAGGCAGCAGGGACCAUCUUUGCGCUUGCUCUUUUGCUCUCGGGAAUAUCGGCAGGGAUUGUCUGCACCAUGGCUGGCCAGAUGGUGUCUGAAGGCAUGCUUCACUGGACCGUGAAGCCCUGGAUGCGGCGACUGAUAACGCGGUCCAUCAGCAUCAUUCCCAGUGUCAUCAUUGCGGCUGCCGUGGGUAAGGAUGGCUUGAACAAGGCUCUCACUGCAAGUCAAGUGGUCCUCAGCGUCAUCUUGCCGUUUAUCACGGCACCAUUGGUCUGGUUUACGUGCCGGAGCCACAUAAUGACGGUACGGGACGACCAUGCCGGCCCAGGUAAUCAGCCAGUCAAUAUGCGCAAUGGUUGGCUGACGACGGCGCUUGCUGUGAUGAUCUGGCUCGUACUGGUUGUCAUGAAUGUUGCAUUGCUGGUGUUGGUAGGCCUCGGAAAAGCCUAGAACGGGAUUCGCACUCCCAAGGGGAGUAAAAGCAAGAUAUCUGACUACGAGGUUGUGAAAUUGGGCGGCAUUGGCGUUUAAUCAGCUGUAGGCGAGUUUGAUAUAUCGUCGGCGCGAGCCAACUUCUUCUUCGCGUCUUCCCUCAACUUGUCGGCUUCGCUUUUGGUAGCAUCGGGCAACUGGCCAAGUCUACCCAGCUUGUCGAAGAACCAUGCGCGGAGCUGUUUGUGAAAUAGACGAGUUAGUCGGCCCAAGCAACGUUGAUCAUACGCAAAGAAGAGGAUCCAUAUAUGUUGGAACCAGAACUUACCCCAUCAAAUGGUGUACCCAUGCCGUCACUCGGCUCACAGAUGAAGAUAAAAUAUAUCAAUGUCAACGUGAUCAGAGUCUGCUGUAGAAUCUUGAUGCUCUUGUUCCAUGUCGGUCUUGCCCACUUCAGCGCGGCUCGACGCCGGUAUGUCUUCUCCAGAUGGAACUGAUGCUUCGGGUCGAGCGUGCGGAAAUCUGGCGGCCACUGCUUGCGCGCCCGGUACGGAUUGUUGUUGACAUGAAUUGGCGCCGGUUUGAAGGUAGGUGUCGGACGCCAGCCAAACAUCCAUUUUACCCAGGUCCAUGGUGUUAACCGUGUCCCGGGGAUCUCGCUUAUGGGGGACCUCUGGGCUUCAGGGUAUGCGUAGCGAGGGCGGCUGGCAGGAAGGGUGUUAUUGUUGCCUUCAAGGCUGGGGCUUGAAGACGCUGGCGGAGCGGACGAAGACGAGGCUGAGUAGGAAGGUUUGGCCACCGGCUGGGUGAAAUUCGCGGGUGAGUAUGGCGACGCUGCGCUGGCGCUGUCCGACGAAGAAUAACGAAUUGAAUGGAGUGGCAUUGGAGUGUGGCGUAUGCGGCGAGAUGUAUGCAUACCUCCACGGCAAUACUGCAUGAAGAGCACGGCCCGAGAGGCUCUUGAG